CUUUGGCACCAUAAAAAAAUGUUCAAUCAGAGUCACCAAUCAGGUUGUGUAUUAGCAGUGCACCAUUCGAAUUGACCAAUCACAAUUCAAUAUUUUGCAUAUACAUGGGCAUGUCGCUCAUUUUAUCUAGAAUUGGUAUACAGGUAGUGGUCAAGUUUGCAGACACUAUUCUGUUCGAGGCGUGCAUCAGAUAGUGUUGUUACAGUGAUGAACUCCUUGAACGAUACUAUGCAGGCGAUCCAACAGCUGAUAUGGAACCCCGAAAAGAAGACCUUUUUUGGCAAAAAUGGGGUUUCAUGGUGCUCCAUAGGAUUAGGCACUUUAGUCAUCGCGGCCAUAAUCCUGAUAUUCUACCAAUCCAUCAGAGAUGUGAAGAAGGCGCGUCGGAAGCAGGACUCCAAAAUAAAAUCGUAUCCGCAACAGUUGCAAACUAGCCGGUCUGCUGAAGCUGCUAAUGCUUUCACUCAACAAAAUGCGUAUACUUCCAACACCAUUAAUCCUCACAAGCACAGAGGAAGUGACUCAGUUCGCCCACCAACAGAUACUCUAGAGGACGCUGGUGGAUCAAAGGUUCUAAAGAAACGGGCAAUUAUGCCAAAAUAUCGGAAAUCACAAAAUAAGAAUAUUUUAGAGAUUCAAGCUUCUACGCAGGCAAUAUCUUCAAAAUUGAAUUCUCAAAAUCUUGCUAUGAGAAAUGCAAAUGAUGAAGUGAGCACUUCCCAAAAUCAACCCAGGAGUGUAAACCCGCUCAAAACAGAUAUUUUGAAUCCUCCACUUGAUGGAAUCUCGCCGCUUGCGAGGCAAAACUACUCUGGCAGACAGUUAACCACUAAAGACAUAAACAGAUUUAUCAUUGAACCCACAAAAGCCAAUCCACAUUUUAAUGUGAGGUUUGUGCACAAUUCAAAAUUUCAAGCACAAAGAAUGAACAACAAUCAACUUUCAACAAGCGACGAUCAAAAUCACAGAGUCAAAAGCGCAUGGCAAGCUUCAACAAGCUACAUGUCAGCUCGAAGAAUCAAAGGACAAGAUCCGCGAACGAAGGAUGAUCCUGAAAUAAUCAAAUUACAAACUCCAAAGCUCGACUGGCAGCCCAGGAAUAUCGAACAAGCUCAAAUAAUUAAAAGGCAGGGUCCAAGAAGCUAUAGGCAAUUUUCAGGAUUCAAACCGCAAGCAACGAGCGGCAACAAACACGCUCCCAGAGUCAAACAGCAAGCUCCAAGAACCAAUACGAAAAUUCCAAAAACUAAAGCGCCAAAAAUGGAAAAAGAAGCAACCUCUAAUCCAGAACCACCCAAGCAAAAGCCGGAAAUGAGAGAUGACUUCUUGGAUCUUACAAGCUCGGCUUCGCAUUAAUAUAAAAGUUAUUAGAAUAAGGGAUUUUGUACUAAACGAAAAUGUUUUCGGGUUACUAUAAAUAGUGUUUCUGAUUUUGGGCAUCAAAUAAUUCAAGUGAUAAGAUCAAUAAUUAAGUCUACGUUUUGUUCUUUAGUAUGUUAGUUUUCUUAUGAAACUUGAAAUAUGCCUGCGAUAGAUUCUAGUUUCAAAUUUAUUUCAAGUUUGUG